UCCACGAUGGGCCUGCUGUGGGCGCUGGCCAUGAAGAUGGCCGUGGAGGAGAUCAACGACAAUCCGGCGCUGCUCCCCGGCGUGUCGCUGGGCUACGACCUCUACGACACGUGCACGCUGCCCACGGUGACCAUGAAGCCCAGCCUCCUGUUCAUGUCGCAGACGGGCAGCCGCGACAUCGGAGCGUACUGCAACUACACGCAGUACUGGCCCCGCGUGGUGGCCGUCAUCGGCCCCCACUCCUCCGAGCUCGCUCUCAUCACGGGCAAGCUCUUCGGCUUCUUCUUGAUGCCCCAGGUCAGCUACGGGGCCAGCACCGACCGCUUGAGCAGCCGGUCCAUCUUCCCCUCGUUCUUCAGGACCAUCCCCAGCGACCGGGUGCAGCUCCAGGCCAUCGUAGACCUGCUCAGCGUAUUCAGCUGGAACUGGGUGGCGGCGGUGGGCAGCGACGACGAGUACGGCCGCCAGGGCCUCAGCAUCUUCUCCAGCCUGGCCAACAACCGGAGCAUCUGCAUCGCCCACGAAGGCACCCUGCCGCUGCCCAGGGCCCAGAACUCCCGGGACCUGGGCAAGGUGGAGUCCAUCCUGCGGCAGAUCAACCAGAGCGCCGUGCAGGUGGUGGUCCUGUUCGCGUCGGAGGCCGCCGCCCGCAUCCUCUUCCAAUACUGCAUCCAAACCAAGGUGACGCCCAAGGUGUGGGUGGCCAGCGAGGCCUGGCUGGUGUCCGAGCAGGUCACGCGACUGCCCGGCAUCCAGGGGGUGGGCACCAUCAUGGGGUUCCUCCUGCGGGGCGCUCCGCUGCCCGAAUUCAGCGCCUACGUGAGCCGGUGCCUGGCCCAGGCUGCGGACAAGACCUUCUGCGACAGCCUGGAGGAGGUUCUCCCCAACGCCGAGGACGACGUGGUCGGGCCGCAGUGCCCGCAGUGUGACGACAUCAGCCACGAGAACGUCUCCUCUGGGCUGCAGCACCACCAGACCUUUGCCGUCUACGCCGCCGUCUACAGCGUGGCCCAUGCUCUCCACCUCUCGCUAGGCUGCAGUGACUCCGGGUGUUCCUCCAGUAACCGCACGCGGCCCUGGGAGCUUGUGAGCAAGAUGUAUAACCUGAGAUUCCGCGCCCGCUCCCUCACCCUGCAGUUUGAUAACAACGGGAAUGUGGACAUGACCUAUGAUCUGAAGCUGUGGGUCUGGCACAAUAACAUGGACCCAGAGCUCCUCACCGUAGGCUCCUUCCAAGGGGACCUGAAGCUCAACCGAUCCCAGAUCCGCUGGCACAACUCAGAGAAUCAG